ACGCCGCCAGACUCUCAAAGCGUCUCUCAACGACUCCAAAAUGCAAUCUGCGGCGUUCACUCUAUCCUCUCCCUCUCUCCCUCUCCCGAAGCCGCGGCCGAACCCUAGGUUCGAUCCUAUACUCCUUUCCGCUUCAAAGAGAAACGAUCUUUCUACCUCCGCCAAUGUCGUUUCGGCUCCUUCGUGGCCGAGGCGAUCCUGGUCCGCGUGCUCCUCUGCUUCGCCACUCAGGCCGUGGACGUCUGUUUUUUUGCUGGCUUCUGAAUCCAAACCAGAGCGUUUUGAGGUCAGAGCCAUCUCUGCAGAGAGCGCCGAUGAAGGUGAGAAGUCGAGUAGCUUGUCCACGACUUUGGUGCUUGGAUGGCUUUUUGCGUUGUGGUUUUUCUUCAAUAUCUACUUCAACAUUUACAACAAACAGGUUCUUAAGGUCUAUCCAUACCCGGUAACUCUUACUGUUGUUCAGUUUGCUGUUGGGACUGUGCUUGUUAUUCUAAUGUGGGCUUUCAACCUCUAUAAAAGGCCAAAAAUCAGUGGUGCACAGCUCGCUGCAAUCAUACCACUUGCAGUGGUGCAUACGUUGGGCAACCUCUUCACUAAUAUGAGUCUUGGGAAAGUGGCUGUUUCAUUCACUCACACAAUUAAAGCUAUGGAGCCCUUCUUUUCAGUCAUCCUCUCUGCCAUGUUUCUUGGAGAGAUGCCUACACUGUGGAUAGUUGCUUCCCUUCUACCUAUUGUUGGUGGAGUGUCACUCGCAUCCAUGACUGAGGCCUCUUUCAAUUGGGCUGGUUUUUGGAGUGCAAUGGCUUCUAAUUUGACAAACCAAUCUCGCAAUGUCCUUAGCAAAAAAGUCAUGGUUAAGAAAGAGGAAUCUAUGGACAACAUUACUCUCUUCUCAAUAAUAACAAUCAUGUCCUUUAUCUUGUCAGCCCCUGUGGCUCUCUUCAUGGAGGGUGUCAAGUUCACUCCUGCAUACCUGCAAUCUGCUGGCCUGAAUGUUAAAGAGGUAUGCAUAAGGUCUCUUCUUGCAGCACUCUGCUUCCAUGCCUAUCAACAGGUUUCUUAUAUGAUACUACAAAGGGUGUCCCCUGUUACCCACUCUGUAGGCAAUUGCGUGAAGCGUGUCGUUGUCAUUGUCAGCUCUGUUCUCUUCUUCCGUACUCCCGUCUCACCAAUUAACUCUCUUGGCACUGGUGUUGCUCUUGCUGGAGUUUUCCUGUAUUCGAGGGUGAAGCGCAUUAAGCCAAAGGCAAAAACAACAUAGAAAAUUUUUUUGGGUAAUUGGAGAAGUUAAGGUGAUGAGUUCCAUUUUUAGGCAUUAAACCGUGUAGAAUGGUAGAUUACGCCAGGAACUGAACUGGUAACUGGAUUUGUACUUUUCCAUUUUGUUUCAUUCACUUCUUCUUUGCGAUGAUUGUAUUCUUUUUGUGGACCUCCCCAUAAUGUCAUAGGCAGCAAAAAUGCUGCUGGAGAACCAUUGUCUUUUUCUCUUCCAUUGGCUCUGUGUUUUUCUGUUUUCAGACUGUUGGGAUUGGGAACGAUUCAUGUAACUGCCUGUCAAGCAUAACCGCGUAAACUUUGGGUUUGGUUUUAAAUUUUGCGGUACAAAACCUCGUACCCAUGAAUAAACGCAGCCCAAAUCAAAAUUUCUUCCUUUC